AGUCAAUCAAUUUUCAAGUGUCAAAUUAAAUUGUCCAUUUUCUCGCUCAGUUUAGUCCCGGUAAUUUCACAAAACAAAUUGUAGUUACGUUAAAUGUAUACAUUUCAACAUCAUGCAGCCUCUGACAAUGAAUUCUAAAGGUGAUAUCCAAAUUGAUAUCAACCAAGUAAGGGUCGAUAUUCUACAAGGCAUUCGUGAAUGCACAGAUCGGGGACUGACACAGACAGCUAAAUGGCUUGCUGAAUUAAACUUUUCUCUGAAAGACCAUAAAAUUACAUUUGAACAGCAACCAACAGCGUUUGACGAUGGUAUUUCAAUAGAGGAGAAAGAGGCGUACACCCUAGCUAAAACUUACUUCGAUUGUCAAGAAUACGACAGGGCUGCACAUUUCUUAGAGAACUGCUUGAGUGCUAAGUGUAUCUUUCUUCACAAAUAUUCACAGUUCAUGUCGAGUGAAAAAAAACGAUUAGAUAAUGCUACUGACUUAGGGACAGAAAAUACAGAAUCUACGCAAGUGCUUUUAGAUUUGCUUUCCUACUUUAAGGCAAACCGCAACAACUUAGAUGGAUACCUACUGUACCUAGAGGGUGUGGUAUUGAAAAAACUAGAUUUACGAAGUCAAGCUGUUACAGUGCUACAGGCCGCUGUGGCUGCGGCUCCUACACUGUGGGCAGCCUGGGUGGAGCUGGCAGGCCUGGCUAAUGAGUAUGAAGCAUUAGAUUCUCUUCAGCUCCCUAAACAUUGGAUGAUGUAUUUUUUUGCUGCUCAUGCCUUUGUUGAAUUAAAGUUAUCAGAGCAAGCUUUGGAAGCCUACAUGGUGUUGGUAGCUGCAGGAUUUGAAAAGAGUACAUAUGUGACAGCACAAAUGGCUAUAGCUCAUCACGAUAGAAGAGAUGUUGAUUCUUCUCUAGCAUUAUUUCGAGAACUUUAUCAAAAUGAUCCAUAUAGACUGGACAACUGGGAUGUGUACUCUCAUCUUCUGUAUCUGAAAGAGAAACGGAUGGAACUUGCAAACUUAGCUCAGAGGGCUGUCUCCAUAGAUAAAUACAGAGUAGAGACAUGCUGUGUCAUUGGAAACUACUAUAGUUUAAGAAGUGAGCACCAAAAAGCUGUGGUAUACUUUCAGAGAGCUCUAUCAUUAGAUCCUCAAUACCUCUCCGCAUGGAUACUCAUGGGACAUGAAUUUAUUGAACUGCAGAAUUCUAAUGCAGCAAUACAAUGUUACCGGCAAGCAAUUGAUGUCAAUAGAAAUGACUACCGCGCAUGGAAUGGGCUUGGCCAAGCUUAUGAAAUAUUAGGACUUAAUGGUUACUGUAUAUAUUACUAUUCAAGAGCAGCACAACUAAAACCUGAUGACUCUAGGAUGCUGGUGUCUCUUGGAGAAGCCUAUGAAAAAAUGGAUAAAAUCCCAAAUGCACUCAAAUGUUAUUACAAAGCUCACAGUACUGGUGAUAUUGAAGGAAUGGCCUUAUUUAAACUAGCCAAGUUGUAUGAGAAGUCCAACAUGCCAAACAGUGCAGCAGCAGCAUAUACGGCUGCUUGUCAAGAUCCAGCCAACGCAGGGAGUAAAGAGUUACCUGCAGCACAGCGGUACUUAGCACAGUACUAUCUCAGGUUCUCUUUGCUGGACCAUGCUGCACAUUAUGCCUACAAGUGUCUAGAACAUGAAAGUACCAAGGAAGCUGGAAAAAAUAUUCUCAAAACAAUAUCAGAAAAGCGAUCGUCAGCGACGUCGUCACAACCGGCCAAUUUGCCAGAAGACUUACCAGAAGCCAUCAAAAAUGUAUCAACCGUGUCGAUAACGCACGAUACUCCCAAAACACCCCUGCCAAGCCCUAACGUGACGCCUGACAACUUCUCCACGCCAGUGUUUACGCGGAAGAGUAGCAAGUACAAAAUGUGACAUACGAUUUCCAAAAAAUGUAAAAUGUGAAGAGACUGACUGAUAAGUAUAAGUGUAACAAUAUCACUUGUAAAAAUUUGUAACUCAAUAAAAUUAGUAAAUACUA